CCUCCUUUAACUUGCACUGCUAUAUUAUUGAGAUCAUCAUCAAUUCAAAACCUUUGCAAACAUAGAGAAACAGAGAUGAAUAUCUCAACUAUUUGUCGCUUUAAUGCCUUGCCUCCAAGCUCAUCCCCUGAUCCCACUUCAUCAACCUCUUUGUCUACAAGGAAAAAUUUUGCUACAAGGAAAAGUAAUGAGAAAUCAUCAAUUUGGAGCAGAAAAUUGAUGGUAAUUGCAACAACAGUGAUAAUAAGCCUAGAAGUGGGAGAUAUUGUAAACAACAUCAAUGGAAGCUCAAAUUCAAUAAUGGCUAUGGAAUUUGAAAUAGCAAACAACAAUAACAGAAAAACGAUUGCAAGAUGGAGUGAUAAAAGAAGCUGUCCGCCAUGGCAAAUAAACUCCUUGGAAACAAUUGUGCCUGAAAAUCUUCCAAGGCCUUUUAAACUUAGAAAAUGGGAGGGAAUUUCUUAUUCUUAUACAAAAUCUGCUCCAUCUGUUAACUUCUUUGUGAUUAAGUCAAAGAAAAGCUGUUUUUCACUGUAGGGGAUCAAACUUAUCCCUCUUGUAAAUAUUCAUCCUUUAAAUUUUUUUUUUUAUUUUUUAUAUUUGUAAAGCAAAACACUUAUUUACAGGCAAGAGGCUGCAAAAAAGAGUCUUCAAUGACUAUAUCAGCCUUCAAAAUUACAAGUUGGGUGUAAGACUAAUUACAAGUUUUAAUACUAAUUCAAUUAAAAUAUUCAA